AUGCACUUGUCUGACCUCACUCUCAGACUAGUACUAUAUCUUUAUAGUUUGGAGACCCCAAACACAGUAUCGUAUUCAUUUCUACAUUUUAAAUUGAUGCAUCAUGUAUCUUUAGAUCCUUGGAGACGCAUUCGUGCCAAACGAGCGAAUCCUCCCUACGCCACAUCUUCUACGCCAGAUUUUGAUUUCAUGUUAUCACAUUCCAAGCCUAUGCUAUGUCCGUCAACAUCACCUGGAGUCCAAAGAAAAAUGACUCUUACAAAUGAACAGCUGUUGGAACUUCUGCACGCGAAUGGCGGUACAUUCAACCCCAAUCUCAUGGCGGCAGCGCGAGCAGCUGCGGACGAGUUCCCAAAUAGGAUAUUGCUUACACAAUACACAGAGGAUCUCCAUGAAGAAAGAACAUUUGAUUUUGAUCCUGUCGCAGACAACGAAAUUACCAAACAGACCUUGAUUGAAGACUUAAAUAAAUGGUCGUCGUUAAAAGGACUAAUAUCCUAUGGAACAUUGCCUAAAACCUCUGUGUUCCCAGGGCAACCAACGUCAAAACCAGUGGACGCCAUAAGUUCUUCAACAACACCGGAUUUACUUGAAAGACUUCAACCGGAAUCCUUAUUAAGUACACACGGUAGUCAACCACAAAGUGCAUUAAUUGAUCACACAUUGAAGUCGAAACUGGAAAUAAUGCAGAAAAAGAUAGAGGAAUUGCUGAAUGGAAAUACAAUCAGAUCCGAAGGCUUGAUGGAUCUCAUGAACAGUUUAAAUAUCAGCACUCAUCCGAGCAUAUUACAACAGAUAAUUCCUGGUUCUAGUUUUGGACCACACAGGGUGAUACGGAGCGCAGACGGUUCCUCGACCCAUAUACAAUAUUGUCGUUACAAAGGCAAUGCUACGACUGACGGUUUUCUACAUAUGUGUGAUGAGUGUGCGGCCACCACUACACUAUCGUCUGACAAGUUCCCACCGUACCUAAACGAAAUUGUCUGCGGACCAACUGACCGAACAUGUAUGACCGUUCGUGGCACACCUCAUGGUGCCUGUAAACAAAGCUUUGUAUACGUCAACAUGUUAAGGAGACGGCCUGGAGGAUGCCGCAUGAUAAUACAAAAUGGCCAACAAGUUUUAAUAAACGCAUGGGAGUUGUAUACCCAGAAAAUCCGGUCAGGGUGCGAAUGUUUCAUAAAUAAACAGUCUCUUUUCGCAAAAUACAUCGGACCUAUCGGCUAGGAAUAUUGGUCACAGUUUAAACCAUCUGUGUAGUUCUGAAUUUGUAACACGUGAUAUUUGUUGGUUGAUGUCAAGACAAUCAAAGUUUUCCAUGGGAGUAAACAAUGAUAUAUGAUGUGUGAAUUGCUUAAUUCUUUGAUGAUAAUGACUGACGAUAUCUUGGCACUGGCAGCCGAACGUAUGCUUUUCAUCACACUUUUUACCUGACCAAACGCUUGAGUGUUUAAGUCCUCACGUCCAACUGGGUAACAUUAUUUAUAUUUACAUGUUCAUGUACCUAUUUCGUGUUGAAUGCUUGAAACAACUGCAUUGCUUUGUUUUAGCAGAUUAUACGAACAGCUGUUAUUCUUUGACUUUUUGUGACAAAAGCUCUAAAGCUAAAAAUUAUUCAUUUUAUUCAGCCAUUCAAAUAAACAUGUCCAUUUCAAGUCAUCACAGAUUUUAUUUUAAUUUUUUUAUGACAGUGCCAUUACAUCAGGUACGUCACUCUACCAAAUAUAGUUAGCAACAAAAAAUGUGGCCUUACCAUGAUAUAAGCCUAAUAUUUUUGUAAGUUUUUUUUUUUAUAUGCGAUAAAAAUCAUAUAACUUCAAAUAACGAAUUUUUUAUGAUAGAUUAUUUCUUAAUUAAAUCAUUCCCAGUUCGAAGCAUGAUUAAUCGAACUACUAGUAACACAUUUCCAUAAACUUUAAUUCUUCUUUUAGUAAUAGUUUGAUAUCUACCAGCUGAAAUAUGGCAUUAUGAAAUACAGCGAGUGUACUUCACGUCAACAAAACAUAUGUUUGGUGAUUCAAGACUAUAUCGUUCGCCUAAGACUUAAGUGUACAUUCCUGGUCACUGGUCAUAUGUCUGACGAGGUUGACUGUCACAAAAACUCCACGUCCAAAUUAACACUGGUUGUGAUAUAUACCAUAGCUUAUUCAAUGUUAAGUAAAUUGUGUACAGCUUUUUCAUCAUCUGCUAUCAUUCAUUUUUAUUUCAUUUCCAUCAAGGUUUAAUAUUAAAUGUCAUUGAUUUGAAUAUUUUACGUAUUCAAUGUGUGAUCACAUUUACUAUAGUACAUUCAUGUAUGUAUAUACUGUUAAUCAUUUUAUUUAAAUGUAUACAUUAUC